UGUAGUAUAUACAUUUUACAUGUACAUACAGAAUCUGAUUCUCAAUUUUGCCAUCUUCCCCGUCGAAAAGAGUGGAAGUUCAAGAAUCUCAGCGUUCAUGCGUUGUGAAGUUUAUUCGCCAUGGAUGACUGUCCCUGUAACUCUAUCAUCUUGUUUAGUCAGUCAACUUUUCUUCAGCUCUUCCUCGUUGGGAAAUGCCUUUCAUACACCGCUCUCCUGCUUCUGGGCUACAUCUCUGCUACAAGUUUUAGCUUAUUUUUGCUUCGAUUGGAUGCGCAUGCGACCCCCAUGAAUUCCUUUCUUGCGGAAUCCUGGUGGCUCUACUCUGGGGUUACUUUGCUUUGGGUGGUGAAAAAACAAGGAAUCUGAGCUGUUCUACUCGACGGGUCAUGUAAUCGCAUCCCAUCUCUACGCAUGGAAUCCUUCUUCACCUCAUCCCCGCCUCUCUUACUUCCUAAUUAACAUUAAGAGCAUCUUCUCCUACCUUUGUUAGUUGGUACCGUCAUGGCUGAGUUCCUCCUCCUCCAACGACUAGUACCUCAAGCAGCUAAACAUUUGUUUUCGAAGAGGAAUACAACUAUGCUGCAGAGUACGAGUCUUAAUGGAAGGCUUGGAAUGAUGCCCGUCUUUGUCUUCUUCUGUUCUAUGCUCUUUCUACCUUUCCACCAAGGCAUACUGACGGCUCAUGCGUUUACUGGUACUUAUGGGAUAAACUAUGGCAGAAUUGCUGAUAACAUUCCUGCUCCUGAAAGUGUUGUGACACUCUUGAAAGCAGCAAGGGUGAAAAAUAUCAAAAUCUUUGAUGCGGACCAUAGUGUUAUUCAGGCAUUUAAGGGGUCUGGACUUGAGUUGGUUAUUGGAAUUGGGAAUGAGUAUCUUAAAGAUAUGAGUGUAAAUGAGGAGCGCGCCAUGGACUGGAUUAAUGAGAAUGUUCAGCCCUUUGUACCUGGAACCCAUAUCAGUGGAAUUACUGUUGGGAAUGAAGUGUUAGGAGGAACAGAUCAGGAAUUAGAGGAAGCUCUCAUGGGUGCAAUAAAGAAUGUUUACAGUGCCCUAACCAGGCUUCAACUUGCAGAUACUAUUGAGAUUUGGACGCCACAUUCUGAGGCUGUUUUUGCUAAUUCUUAUCCUCCUUCAUCAUGCAUCUUUAAAGAUGAUGUUUUAGUUUACAUGAAGCCCAUUCUGGACUUCUUCUCACAGCAUGGUUCCCCUUUCUACGUCAAUGCAUAUCCAUUCUUGGCUUACAAAAGUGAUCCUGAGCAUAUCGACAUUAACUAUGCUCUCUUUCAGUCAAACUCUGGAAUAUAUGAUGCGAAGACUGAUUUGCACUAUGAUAAUAUGUUUGAUGCUAUGAUAGAUGCUGCUUAUGCUGCUCUGGAAGCUGCAGGCUAUAAUGACAUGGAAGUUCGGGUUUCGGAGACAGGAUGGGCUUCUAAUGGGGAUGAAAACGAAGCAGGAGCUACAGUUCACAAUGCAAGGACCUACAACUAUAAUCUGCGUAAGAGGCUUCUAAAAAAGAAAGGGACUCCACUUAGGCCAAAAAAGGUGGUCAAGGCCUAUAUCUUUGCAUUAUUUAAUGAGAAUUUGAAGCCUGGACCAAGUUCAGAGAGACACUAUGGACUUUUCAAGGCGGAUGGCAGCAUUUCAUAUGAUAUUGGAUUCACCGGGCUUAGGCCAUCAUCUGCUUCUCCAUCUCUAGCCUCCCUCAAGGAACUUAAUGCUAGAUGUUGGUCAAGGCCCUAUUUUAGGGUGGUUGCAACAUGUACCAUUGUUUUGCUUCUUGCUUUAAUUUGUUAAGGUGACAUUAUUUCAACUACGGAAGCUAUGUGCCAGUAGUCUACAUGCAUGAACGAGCGAAUUGAACCUUGUAAACAACAUUCUAUGUAUUGUGUUUGAAAUGCCCAAUUGUACUCUUUGAACU